AUGUCCACAAUAGAAACAGCAAGCUUCGAAGAAAGACUAAGACAGGCAGCUAGGUUUAGAGAAAAAUAUAUUGACCGAGUUCCCAUAGUAAUUCAAAAUGACGAAAGAUGCUCACUUCCUCGAACAAUGCAUAACAAUCUGUUUAUAAUCCCAAAAAAUAAUACUGCCGGCGAUUUAUUAGCCCUGAUCAGAAAGAAAACCUAUUUACCGAAGACACAAGCAAUUGCGAUGUUUGUAGGGCAUCAGAACUUAGUUAUGAUAGAUAUGACUUUAAGUGAGCUUUAUGAAAGAUAUAGAAAUUUCCCUUAGAUGGCGCAGUUUGCCCUUGAUUUGCACGCUGGGAAAAUUUUUUGAUUCGACCAGUACCAUAUGGUUUGGUCAAACCAAAAAAUUUUUUCAGUGGGCAAAUCAAGGGCAAAAUGCGCCAUCUAAGGGAAAUUUCUAUAUUCAGACAAUGAUGGAUUUUUGUAUAUUUUGUGCACAGACCAUGAGGUAUUUGGCAAUUAG